AUUCACAAAUAGUUUUGAUUUCUUAACUCUUCCUGCAUAACGCUUCAUAAUAAGAAACCAAUUUAAACAAAACAAUUGACUUAAUUCUAGUAUCGAAACCAUGAUGAAUGGAAAGCCUGGGUUUAGAGCGAUUGCCAAGUGGCUGCGGAAAUGACAGGUUAUUUUUUUCACGACUUAUUUAAUAGGUAAUAGAGUGGAUGCAAAAAUUUAAUCAUUUUCUUUAGUUGUGAGAACUAAAGUUAAUCCCGUAUAGUCCAAUGAGAUACCGAUAUGACUGAAUGAAUAAAUAGGAAACUCGGUGUAGAAAGUUAAAAAAAAGAUGAGUGCUAUUGAAACUAUUUCUUGUGCAUUUUGGAGUAAAUUAGCAUUAGUGAAAAUUGCACAAACCCUACAGGGUUAAGCUCGUUUACCAACUUACACCCAAAUGAUUUGUUAACAUAUAACAAACGCACAAAAAAGAAUACGCGAAAGGGAGACGACCAAUGAUUAAAAAAAAAAAAAGAAGUUAGAUUUUUGAGAGGAAAUAGGACCGUCAUAUUUUCGAAACAGAAAUUAGUUUUAGGCAUUCUAGAAAUGCUAUUCAGUAAGCCAAUGAGCAUUGCAGGCUCGCGCUAUUACCGUGUUUGUUUUCUCCUUUGAGUCCAUUUAUCGAACUUGCAAAAUGAAGUCCUAGUCUUCUUUCAGGCAAAACUAUGAACAACUCUUCGGUGAUCAAAGUUAAUCCAUCAAUCUCUAGCGCUGAAGUUUGUUGCCUGUCCCUAUACCAUGGCUGUGCUAUAAUGGUAGUUAACACGCUGAUUGCCCUGUUAGGUACGUUUGGUAAUUUUCUUGUUUGCAUAGCGGUACUCACCAAGCCUCGUCUUCGCCGAUGCUCGAAUAUCCCAUUGCUUAGUUUGGCCAUUGCUGACUUGAUCAUAACAGUGAUCUGCGAGCCUUUGGUCGUGGCAAUGGUCGGUAAAAUAACCUUUCUACACGAGUGUGCGCCUAGUCUUGAACUCGGUUACUCACUUUUAGCCAACCUUUGCUGUUCCUCGUCGAUUAUGCAUCUUGUGGCAAUCAGUAUGGACCGCUUCUUAGCUGUCACCUUCCCUCUUCGUCACGGUCGGAUCAUGAAGAACUACGGCUUAAAAAUCAUGCUGGUGGCAGUGUGGGUUGUCGCUUUUGCAUUCGCCACAGUUCGACAGCUCUUCCCGAAAAAAACUUAUUACUUAGCUGCAGUAAUGUUUGCCGUUGGUUAUUUCCUCAUGUUCGUUUGUUACUUGUUGAUAUUGCUUACUUUGGUCAGGGGAAGGAAACGAAAGGGCCGUGUGGGAGCGCAAUCAUCCAUUGAUGUCAAUUUGAAAGUCGAACGGCGUGUUGCACUAACACUGGCAAUUGUGAUCAUUUUGUUUUCUGUCACCUGGUUUCCGUUGAUUGCUGUUUUUUUCAUCGCAGGAAAAUCUCUGGUUGAAAAGUAUGGUCCAGCAUACAUGUGGAUUAGAUCUUUGGCUCUCUCUAACUCUGCUAUGAACUUUGUUGUUUACAGCGCAAGAGUUCGAGACUUCCGCGAUGCCUAUAUCUCGAUAUCCCGCAAGAUGUUCGGUUGCUGAGUUGAAAAUGCAAACACCGGUUCUAUUGUAUGGUAGAGCUUCUGAUAUUAUGUCCUGUGGUAAAGGGAUCAGUUGCAAUGAUCAAUUUAUUAUAAUAAUAUUAAAAAUCAUACGCUUAACUUAAGCUUAUGAAUUAUAUCCAAAUAUUUUCCUACUUUCGAUUCAUAGUUGGAAAUCUCGAAACUGAUUAAUGUAAAGAACACAAUGAGUCAACCUUAAUUUGCAUUCGAACACAUAAAAA